AUGAGUCUUUGUUUCCGACAAGAGGCUAGUAAGUAUGUGAUGUUGUUAUCAUGGGACAAGAGAAAGGAGUUGAGAGAUGCAGAAGUAGAAGUUGGAUUCUACAAUGACCUUUGUCUCACCUAUCUCUGUCACCAUUUUGGGGCCGAAAGAAAGGUCUUCCUUAUCGCUCCAACCUCUGCUUUUAUUUGUAGCAAAAGAUCCCGAUUUCAUGCAAGGAAGCAACAGAUAGAUCUAGAGACAGGAGAGGUGAAAAUAAAGAUUGGAGCUGGAGUGGAAGUUAAAGGGAAGAGAGACAAGAAAACAAGUCCAGACAUGGAGUGGAAUGGGAGCACAAGAAGUUAUGUUCCUCGAGCAGAGUCUUCCUUCAGCUUCCUUUACAACUACAACUAUACCCCAUAUCCAGGAAUGGAAGUGAAGCCACACAGUCUAGCAGAGUCAAGUUCAUCCAUGGAAAAAAUGAACUGCGGGAACCAGGAGAAGAAGAAGAGAUUAACAAGUGACCAGUUAGAUUCGUUGGAGAGUAGUUUCCAGAAGGAGAUAAAGCUAGACCCUGAUAGAAAGAUGAAGCUUUCCAAGGAGUUAGGGCUUCAACCUCGCCAAAUUGCUGUUUGGUUCCAAAAUAGGCGUGCAAGGUGGAAGAACAAGCAACUUGAACACUUGUACGAUUCACUUAAACAGGAAUUUGAUGCUGUAUCCAAGGAAAAACAGAAGCUAGAGGAAGAGGUAAUGAAGUUGAAGGGUAUGCUGAGAGAGCAAGCUUCUAGAACUCAAGUGUCAACAGGUUACACAGAAAUCUCUGGGGAAGAAACUGUAGAAAGCACGUCAGAGGCUCUGCGUAGCUCCAAACGGAGAACACUGCAGCAGCAGCAGCAUCAGAAUAUGGGAGAAGGAAACUGUUCUUUCACCUUGGAAGAUUACAACACAGUUCCAGUACUACCCUACUGGCCUGGGAUCUCCUACUAUCCCUAA